AUGGCUUCAAAAAAUAAAUGCACAGCCUAUGCAGGUACGGUACCAAUGAAGGAAAUGCUACACUGCAAAUUUUGUGAGUUGGUGAUUCAUUGGAAGUGCGCUUCCAUUUCUGAGCAAACAAUGAAGGAUAUUCAACAAUGUACCGGUUUAAUAUGGUGUUGUAAUGGCUGUGUUGGACAGAUGGAGGCUUUCAAACCUGGCAGUCAGUUAAGCGUGAUGGGGGGCGAUACAAAAACGAUUCAUGAAAGCAAUGCGGUUAUUAUUAACCAAAUUAAAGAUUUGGGGGAAAAGUUUAAUAAAACGCUUGUCAAUGAUGAUUUGAACUUGGCGAUGAAAAACCUAGAAAGCAAAAUAACUAUGCUGCAAGAUGAACUGAAAAAUAUAAAAAACAUACAAAAUUGCAACAACGUCAUUAGUGGUCAAAUAAAGGAGAUAAAAACCAUCCUUGAUAAAAAAAUCACGGAAGAUAUUCUGGAUAAAAAAAUAAAUUCACUGCACGAUGGUCUUAGAAAGUCGUAUUCAGAUGCUGUGAAAGAUGUUGUUGGGAAGAAAGUUGAAACUGUAAAUAAUGAAGUGAUGAGUAUAAAUGAUGGAAUAAAGGCACUAAAAGAAGUGGUCAUUAGUACAAAGAAAACAAUUCAAUUAUAUAGUGAGGUUGAAGAAAGAUCGUUCAACUUUAUAAUUUUUAAAUUGAAGGAAAGUAACAACCUCAAUUUUAAUGAUAGCAAAAAAGAAGAUGAUGAUAAGAUUAUGCGCAUUCUUGGUGCAAUAACAGAUGAAAAAUUUGAUAUGUCAAAUGUUGUUAAACACUACAGAUUGGGCAAGAGAUCGGAUAAUGUCAGGCCGCUGUUGGUUAGACUGAAGCCAAAGGUUUUGAAAAACUUAAUUAUGGAAAGUCUAAAUAAUUUGAAAAAUUUAGAUGAUGAUCUGAAGGGAAUAGGUAUUGGCCACGAUAUGACAAAAGAUCAAAAAAUCAAGUGUAAAGAAUUGAUGAAUUUAGCGAGAGAGAAGGAGGCAGCUGAUAAAGAGGAUUUUGUUUACAGAGUGAGGGGCGAACCUGGAAAUUUGAGAAUAAUUCGAAUAAAAAAAAGAUUGCACUGA